AUGAGGUCAAUUCUGAUCAUCUCCCUCCUCAGCUGCUUCUUUGCAGCUCACAAUGCCAAAGUCUUCUCCAAGUGUGAGCUGGCCCACAAGCUGAAGGCCCAGGGAAUGGAUGGCUUCCAUGGCUACAACCUGGCAAACUGGGUCUGCAUGGCUCAGUAUGAGAGUGACUUCAACACCCAGGUCGUUAAUAAAAAAAACGCCAAUGGCAGUAGUGACUAUGGGCUCUUCCAGCUGAACAACAAGUGGUGGUGCAAAGACAACAAGUAUCCCUCAGCAAAUGCUUGCAACAUAAUGUGCAGCAAAUUCCUGGAUGAUGACAUCAAUGAUGACAUCAGGUGUAUAAAGAGAGUUGUGAGAGAUCCUAACAGGAUGUCUGCUUGGAAGGCCUGGGUAAGUCACUGCAAAAACAAGGAUUUGUCCCAAUACCUGGCCGGCUGUAACCUGUGA